CAAACUCUAAUUGGCUACAGUUACAUCACAUUUACUCAAUACAAAUGAUGAACACCGCAAAUCGGAAAUCCAAAGAAAGAGUAGUUCCUUCCUGACCACCGACGACCGCCAUUUUCUCUGUUCCAACUCCGACGAUCCUUCUAUUUCCAAUCGUUUUUUUGUGUAGAGGAACAUGAUGAGGUUGAAGACAUAUGCUGGUCUUAGUUUGAUGGCAACUUUGGCUAUUGCAUAUCAUGCAUUUAACAGUAGAGGCCAGUUUUAUCCGGCAAUGGUGUAUCUUUCAACUUCCAAGAUCAGUUUGGUGCUUCUUCUUAACAUGGGUUUGGUUAUUAUGUGUGUUCUGUGGCAACUAACUAAAAAGGUAUUCUUGGGUAAUCUUCGAGAGGCUGAGGUUGAGAGGCUUAAUGAGCAAUCAUGGAGGGAGGUUAUGGAGAUCCUCUUUGCGAUUACUAUUUUUAGGCAGGAUUUCUCGGUUACAUUCCUUGCGAUGGUCACGGCAUUGUUGUUAAUUAAGGCUUUGCAUUGGUUGGCUCAAAAGAGAGUCGAGUACAUCGAGACCACUCCUACAGUGACCACAUUAUCCCAUAUUCGAAUUGUAUCUUUUAUGGGUUUCCUUCUUCUUCUUGAUAGCAUUUUCUUAUACAGCUCUUUGAAGCAUUUGAUACAAACAUGGCAGGCUUCCGUUUCACUAUUCUUUGCUUUCGAGUACAUGAUAUUAGCAACAACAACAGUAUCGAUUUUUGUAAAAUAUGUUUUCUAUGUCACUGACAUACUUAUGGAGGGACAGUGGGAUAAGAAACCAGUCUUCACAUUUUACCUGGACCUUGUUAGGGACUUGCUGCACUUGUCCAUGUAUCUGUGCUUCUUCUUUGUUAUUUUUGUAAACUAUGGAAUUCCCUUGCACCUAAUACGGGAGCUAUACGAGACAUUUAGGAACUUCAAAGCUCGCAUUGCAGAUUACAUUAGAUAUCGUAAGAUCACUUCAAAUAUGAAUGAUCGCUUUCCAGAAGCAACCUCCGAAGAGCUCAAUGCUAGUGAUGCAACUUGUAUUAUCUGUCGUGAAGAGAUGACUGCAGCCAAGAAACUGAUAUGCGGACAUCUUUUUCAUGUUCAUUGCCUUCGAUCAUGGCUAGAGCGACAACACACUUGCCCUACUUGCAGAGCCUUGGUUGUACCCCCAGAAAAUGGAACAACUGUUGCUGGAGGUCAGCAAGGAUCACAAUCAGAUGGUCAUCAACAGGGCACUGGAAGUACAGGUCAAACCGAGCUUGGUAAUGGGGUGGCAACUGAUAGUUUGAGUCGGCAUCAAGCUAGACUCCAAGCAGCUGCUGCUGCAGCUUCAAUAUAUGAGAAGUCUUAUGUUUAUCCUCCCGCAACUUCUUUUGUACGAUCUCCUGGGUACACUAAUUAUCCCCCGGUUGCUGCUGAAUCUACCAGUGUUGAUCUUAAUGGAGAACAAGCUUCCAGUCAACAAGCACAAAAUCAGUUUCAUAUCCCUGGUGGGCCAAUAAAUGCACCCUUUCCUUCAACAGGACAUUUCCAUUAUCUUCCUUCCCAACCAUACAUGGCCCCUUUGAAUUAUGGAGAGGGGUUUGAAAAUGAUCCAAAUAUCUCAAAAUCUCAGCUGGAAGCUCAUAAAAAAAUUCUACAACAACAGAUUGAGAUUCUGCAAAAUCAGCUACAGAAUCUGCAGAGCACAGAGGCUAAGAGAAGUGUAGAUGACGGCGCACCAUCAUCAGAAAGCAAAGGCAAGCUUAGCUCUUCCUCGGAGAUUCAAGAUGGAAAAGCAUAAAGUCAAUUGUGUAUGUCUUGUCCUAUAGCAGGAGAAUACCAAAUGUAGAUAUAGAAAGAGGAAAAUACUGAUAUUGUAAAUGCACAGUGCCCCUUAAAAUUGAUUUCUUUGGUUUUUUUAGAUGUCGACUGAAAAAUAUUGCUGACUAUUUUGUCAUAAGUAUCGAUAAUAUGUGAUGACUUCCCGGUUAUAAAUGGCAUGCAUAUGUUGAUGCAAGUAACUGGGAUUAGUGGAUAGUCCCAUAUUGAAGAAGUGAGAGCUUUAGUGGGAUAGGGUUAGGGGGAAAGAGAAAUUUUCAAGUUUGUUUAAAAUAGUGAGUUUAUAGAGAAUGAUAAAUGAAUGUUUACCACUAA